AUGUCUUCGACAUUAGGGGCCUUUGUUGCUGGUGGAAUAGCAGCAUGUGGAGCUGUUACUGCAACACAUCCGUUCGAAACAGUGAAGAUCCGCAUGCAAUUGCAAGGCGAGCUUCAAGAGAAAGGGCUCCAACCACGAUUAUAUAAAGGGCCUUUCCAUGGUGUCGCAACUAUUGUACGAAAUGAAGGUCUUGGGGGCAUAUAUCGAGGAAUCGGCGCUGCAUACAUCUACCAAAUGAUCCUCAAUGGAUGUAGGUUAGGCUUUUAUGAACCUAUACGAGGGACUCUUACCGGCGCAUUAUUUGAAGAUUCGAAAACACAAAGUUUGGGAAUAAAUAUCUUCUCAGGCGCAACAUCAGGGAUAUUGGGUGCUGCCGCAGGAAGUCCAUUCUUCUUGGUCAAAACGAGAUUACAGAGUUUCUCACCACAAGCACCAGUGGGCACACAACAUGGCUAUAAGAAUGCUAUGGAUGGAAUGAGAAAGAUCUAUACAACAGAGGGAGUAAAUGGACUUUACAGAGGAGUGGGAGCUGCUAUGGUCCGGACAGGUUUUGGAAGCUCUGUCCAGCUACCAACAUACUUCUUUGCAAAGCGGAGACUUGUGAAACACUUAGGAAUGGAAGAGGGGCCAGCGUUGCACCUGGCAAGUAGCACAGCUAGUGGUUUCGUGGUUUGCUGUGUUAUGCACCCACCAGGUAAGCAAAUUUUGAUUAGUAAAUGUACACCUCGAUUCUAA